UGCCUAUAAAAGGCAAGCUAAGGCUAAGAACAAAACCAAGCUUGAGUAUUAGAUAUACCCAAAAAGCAUAUUGGAGGCAAAAAUCAGUAUGGCUUCUAGAUAUGAAUGUGGGAUGCUCUCCUUCUGUCUUAUUCUGGUGUUCAUGUCUUGCACUAGUGGCGUAAGGAAUAUUCAACAGCGUGAUCAAGGUUAUAUUUCUGGAUAUGCUCCUCGAACUAGUGAGAAAAGAGAAGAAGUGUCUGAUGAUGUCAUAAAUAAUCGUGAUAGUUACAUAUCUGGAUAUGGUUCUAGAGAAAUUGAGAAAGAGAAAGAAGUGUCUAAUGAUUUCAUUAACAACCAUCAAGGUUACAUAUCUGGAUAUGGUCCUGGAGCUAGAGAGGCAGAGGUGUCUGAUGAUCUUGUAAAUAAUCAUCAAGGUUACAUAGCUGGAUAUGGUCCUAAAACUAGUGAAAUAGAGCAAAAAGAGCAUGGUGAUGCUGUAAUAAAUCAACAUUACACUAGGUAUCAUGGAAAAGAUAAAGAGAAGAUUGAAGGCCCAUGCACAACUACAUAUAAGAAUAUUGAAGAGACUAAUGACCAUUUAUACAUAACAGCAUAUGGAAAAGUUGAACAGAAGAAUGAACUUCCUUACAUGACUCAAUACGGGAAUGCUAAGCAGACGAAUAAAAAGCCUUACAUCACAUCAUAUGGGAAAGUUAAGCAGAAGAAUGAACUUCCCUACAUGACUCAAUACGGGAAUGCUAAACAGACGAAUGAAAAGCCUUACAUCACAUCAUAUGAGAAAGCUGAACAAAAGAAUGAACUUCCCUACAUGACUCAAUACGGGAAUGCUAAGCAGACGAAUGAAAAGCCUUACAUCACAUCAUAUGAGAAAGUUGAACAGAAGAAUGAACUUCCCUACAUGACUCAAUACGGGAAUGCUAAGCAGACGAAUGAAAAGCCUUACAUCACAUCAUAUGGGAAAGCUGAACAGAAUAAUGAACUUCCCUACAUGACUCAAUACGGGAAUGCUAGGCAGACGAAUGAAAAGCCUUACAUCACAUCAUAUGGAAAAUUUGAACAGAAGAAUGAACUUCCCUACAUGACUCAAUAUGGGAAUGCUAAGCAGACGAAUGAAAAGCCUUACAUCAAGCAUAUCCAUGCAGUUUCAUCAUCAAAUAAUGUUGGUGACAAGCACAUUGGCCAUGGAAAUGAUAUACAACAGUCUUCAAUAGAUAGUGAUCGUGCAAAAGCUUUUAAACAAGGAUUUUUUACCCCAGAUGACUUGAGUGCAAAAAAAGUCAUGGCCCUCAAUUUUCCCAUCCAAGAACAUUCUCGCUUCUUACCAAAAGAAGUAGCUGACUCUAUACCAUUCUCACUCUCCCAACUCCCCAACCUUCUCCAACUCUUCUCAAUCAUAGAUGGCUCUUCUCAAGCCAGAGACAUGGAAGAAACCAUCAAAGAUUGUAGAAUUAAACCCAUUGAGAGUGAGAUCAAGUCAUGCGCUACCUCUCUGGAGUCCAUGGUUGAAUUUGUUCACAGUAUCCUUGGUUCUGAGGUUAAUUUCAAUCUUCUAUCAACCACCCAUCCAACAAUGUCUACCGCUCUUACACAAAACUACACUAUCUUAGAAGUUCCUAAAGAGGUUUUAGCCCCUAAGGUGGUGGUUUGUCAUCCUGUGCCUUAUCCUUACGCAAUUUUCCUUUGCCACCACUUUGGGACAGAGACUAAGGUUUUUCAAGCAUCGUUAGGUGGCAAGAAUGGAAAUAAUGUAGAAGCAGUUGCCAUUUGCCACAUGGACACUUCUCACUGGGAUCCUACUUUCAUCUUAUUUCAACUACUCAGAGUCAAGCCAGGUGUCUCCUCCCCAAUAUGCCAUUUUCUCCCAACAAAUCACCUUGUUUGGAUACCAUCACCACUAGUAGCGACAACAUAAAUGUAGUUUCUUAGUCGGUGGUUUGAAUAAUAAUUAUUCGUGUAUAACUUGUAAUGCACUCUACUCAUCAUAUUAUUUUUACUUGGUUUAUGAAGUAUGUAAUGUGAAGGCAUCACACCAUUUUAUGAAAGUGGUAUUUAAUUGUUAUAAUAAAUAUAUGUCAUUU